CCUUCCCUUCCCUUCCCCCGGCUUUCCCUGCUUUUGCCCAUCUUUGAGUUAUUUUUGAGGUUUGUCCCGUUCCUUUGCUGUGUUUGCCUGGCUCCGAACAAAAGUGUUUUUUUCAGACUUGCCAUCCUCUGGCUUGUGUAAAUUAAGACGCUGAAUGACACCAUUGUGCCGGGCAUUUGCUUAUGAAUGGAGCUUGGCUGCUCGCCCGCUUUCCUGGCUCAGGUUCCAGACAAUGACGAGCAAUUUGUGCCUGACUUCCAUUCAGAAAACUUAGCUUUUCACAGCCCUCCUGCUAAGAUUAAAAAGGAGCCCCAAAGCCCCUCGGAGCCCAGGCUGUCCUGCAGCCAUGAGCAGCCCUUCCAGCACAACAGUGAGCAGUGCCUUUAUGCCAGUGCCUAUGACCAGCCCAGACAGUCUCCCAGCCCAGGAGUCCUGAUUCAGCCAGCACUGCAGCAGUUCCCCAGGCAGGACAGCAGCUUCCUGAGCCCUUCAGGGCCCCCCUGCUCCACAUCCAGCUGUGGAUUCCUCAGUGACAGCAGCUCUGUGUAUCAGCCAGCUGUGGAGAUGUGCCGCUCCUUCCCACCCUCCCAGGGCAUGGCCCAGGAAGACCCCACUGCCUACUACCAGUGCCAGCUGCCCAAGCCCUGCCUCCAGUUCCCUCCCCAGGGCUUCAAACAGGAGCACCAGGACCCCCAGUAUGAGCAAGCCAGCCAGGCAGGCAGCAGGCAGCAGCAGCCAGCUGUGCUGGUGAAGCAGGAGCAGCUGGAUUUCCUGUACGACUCAGAUGUUCCUGACUGUCCUUCCAUGUACAUCAAUGCUGAGAGUUACCCAAGCCAUUCAAAUACAGAAGACACAUUAGGCUGCAGCUAUGACAAGCAGAUGAGAUCCUUUACUGAUGAUGUCUGUGUUGUUCCAGAAAAAUUUGAAGGUUGGAGAAAGAAUGGCUUGGAGAUUUGGUCAGGAGACAUCAAGCAGGAAGGAGGAGGGUAUAGGGAAGGACUCCCCUACCAGAGACGGGGAUCACUCCAGCUCUGGCAGUUCCUUGUGGCUCUCUUGGACAACCCCACCAAUUCCCACUUCAUUGCCUGGACUGGUAGAGGAAUGGAGUUCAAGCUCAUCGAGCCAGAGGAGGUGGCCAGGCUGUGGGGGAUCCAGAAGAACCGUCCAGCCAUGAACUACGACAAGCUGAGCCGAUCUUUGCGCUACUAUUACGAGAAAGGCAUCAUGCAGAAGGUGGCUGGGGAGCGCUAUGUGUACAAGUUUGUGUGUGAGCCUGAGGCUCUGUUCUCCAUGGCCUUCCCCGAGCAGCAGCGGCCGGCGCUGAAGGCAGAGCUGGAGCGGCAGCUCAGCGAGGAGGACACGGUGCCUCUGUCCCACCUGGAGGACAAUGGCUGCUACCUGCCAGACCUGGGGAGCUUCCCUCCACAGCUCUACAGCAAGGGCUACACGUACUAGCACUGCUGGCAGCACACUGUGCCUGUCUGCAUAAGGAGAUGGCUGGUUGGUGUUCAAUAGGAUCAGCUUUUGUUCAAGCCAGCCCUAAACUCUGCACACCUGCUUUGGUCAGGACAAGUGUUCAGGUGCACAAGUGGAACAUCACCUCACAGCAGACAGGGCUUUUGUGUGCCUGUGCUAGAACUCUCACUGUGUCAGGAUGGGGCUGUGCAGACAUCUCAGCAUAGCUACAGCUUCAGCAGCAGAUCAGGUAAUUGGUGCCUCCAGAUGUAUCAAACAGCUCUCACAAUCCCCCUCAUUGCAGAGGGAGGGGAUGCUGUCCCACCAGGGCUUUUUUCAUGUAUGAGAAUGCUACAAUGCUGCUGCUGACUCCAUUCCUCCAGUACAUGUCCUGAACCUCUGUGUGACCUGUUUUCAGCUCAGAGGAACUCACUCUCAAAGGCCAGCUAAGCCUUCUUCCCAGGAUGGCUGCAGGAAAAGGUCACAGAUUUGUGCCUUCCUUGAGGAACACUCAUUGUCUUGUACAUGCAUGCUCCUGCCUUAUCACCUCCUUGCUCAUGCCAGGAGUUCCUGGCGUUCAGGCACUCUGAGCCUUGGCCAGGAUUAGAGCAGUCCUGGAGUCCCUGGCCCAAAGGAAUUUAGGGGAACCACAGAGGAGCUCGAAUGCAGUGGUCUGGGGCACAGGUCAAAGCCAAGGCCUCGUUCAGGCACAGGGAUUGUGGGAAGCAGCAAGGCCUGAGACACACCUCAGUGUCGUGGUGUGGCUUCUAUAAACUGAGAAACUUCAACAAACAUUCUCAGGAUAUUUAAAGAGCUGCCAGGCUCUUGAGUGUGCCCAUCCUGGGCUUAGCUAGAGAAUUCUCUAAGGCCAGAGAAGGACCUGGUGGAGGUGUGAUUAAAAAAUACUAUACAAAGUUAUCUAAACCAUACAUAGAUCUCCAUAUAGGAAUUCAGACUUAAACCUCACAGAUAUUUGCAUGUUUGAGGGGAAUUCAGAUGUGGAAGAGGCAGCUCUCUCUGCAGUCCAGUGUACCACAUGCAACUUAACUAAACUGGCAGGUUUUCCACAACAGUAAAUGUUUUCAAUGGGUACCACAUCCUGAUUAAGAGGUGUUUAAUUUUUUAAUUAGAGCUCCACCACACUCCCAGUUAGACAAGGAGCAGUACAGCAUACCCAUACAGAAAAAGUCUGUUUCCACUGCUUCAGAUUGACAUUUCAGCUGCAUUUCAAUGCUUCAGAGCAUUGCCAAUUCUGCCAGCAUGGUAGCCAGUAGAGAAAAUUCUGUAUAUUGACUGAAAGCCUGAUUUCCCCUGAUGACUCAACCCUGCAUGGCUCAUGCCAAUCCUCCCAGCCUCAUCCCUGAGUGCAAGAGCCUUGAAAGGCAACAUUCCCUGCCUGAGGAGAGGCCAGAACUCAGAACAGAGUCUGCUCUGCUGCUGCCUUUGCAGGCCCUGUGCAGAUACUUGCUGUUUUGACAGUUCCUGACCCUCCUGCCUUGCCCUGCACCUGCCUGGCCAGCACAGCUCCUGUGGUGUCCCAGAAGUGAGGGUGAAGGGGAACCCUUCCUUUGGUAUAAGCUGCCUUUAACUAUUUAUGAGUGUAAAAAUACUAUCAUUAAUAAAUUGGUCUGUCUUUGGCCAGUGCAAUUUCACUGAUUGGUCUCUUUUACCUUCUGAGCUUGCUUUGCACCUCCUCUUGGCACCAGCUCACAACUCUGAUGCCUCCAUCUGCAGGAUUCCCAAGGACUUUGCAUUUAUCCAGCAUCCUUUCGCUAUGCCUCUGCCCUUUCUUCCAGAGCAGGAAUUCAGGGAGUGAAUUCACACAUUUCAAUGCAAUUUUAGCUGCACAUUUCAUUCAGGUAUCUCAAGUCAGGGCAACACAUCAACAGCCACAGAGCAGUUCCAGGAAACAGCAAGGUAAGGCUCCCCUCAUUGAGGGGUGGUGACCUUCAAAGCUCAGAGAUUCAUAAUAACCAGAUCAGAGAGCUGGGAAUCAAUAAAUGCACUCAGUAUUUCCAGUUCAGCUAGACUGAGAGGCAGCUGGUAUGGGAAUAAUAGAGAAGAGUCCUUAAGUUCUCCUGCUGGUCCUGAAAAUGUCCAGGAGCUUCCAAGAGGGAGAUAAACACUCCCACAGAAGCUUCCCUAAGUCAUAGACUAAGAAAGAACUAUUCCUAAACACCACACCUAUCUGCCUUUUAAAUCCCCUGGGCUGCCUGAGCCAAUGCCUGCCAACGCUUUCAAUGAAGAACUUUUCCUAAUAUCCACACAAAACCUCCUCUGGCACAGCUUGAGGCCAUUUCCUUUUGGCCUAUCACAGUUGCCUGGGAGAAGAGACCAACACUCACCUGGCUCUAACCUCUUGUCAGGGAGUUGUAGAGAGUGAGAAGGUCCCUCCUGACCCCCCAACUGCUCCUCAUCACACUUGUGCUCCUUCUGAGAGAGAUUAAAAUAGUUAAUGGCUCAAACUUCCUUACAAUCACCCCAGGGCUUUGCCCAUUGUGGCAAACUGCAAAGAAGUAACUGCACCAAAGCCCACCCCACUCCCCACAAAAGGACUUCUGCUGGGACCUUGAGGUAUGAUAAACAUGAUAAACUACUGUUCCAUUAUCUCAGGUCUAAGCAGAGGUUUACAAGGCUGGGGGAGAAGAAUGUAUGCACAAGGAAAGGCCAAUCCAGCAGCUGUGCUGAAAAUGAGCUCUGACUGUUCAGCAGGGUGCAUUUGCUGUGGCCAGGUUUGCACAUCCUUCCCCCCAGGCAAAGGGGAGGAGAGUUUUUGAGAGUGAUUUCCCACUGUCUGGUACAGAGAGGUGAGAGGCUACAAGCCAGGUAAGAAGCAGACCUGCAGAGUGUCCUCCCUCACACAAACUGGCUCUGUGUAAAACACACUGCCCGACCCAGGUCACAUUCAUGUGAGAAGCAGUCUUGGAAAGGAUCAAAAGUCAGCAAACACCCUCUAAGUGCUCUGGACAUUUCUGAAGACUCAGGAUCAACAAGUGUUUCAACAGCACCAGUCUGCUGUACCAGACAGUGCAGAGCUGCUCCCCCAGCAGGAGGGUACAGGGCAUUCCCAUCUGUACCUGCAUGUUUAUUGAUCCACGGAACCCUGUGUUUCCUGGAACCCCCACCACCAAGACCAGAAGAAAACCAGUGGGACACACUGGAUCCACAGGGUGAAUAGCUUCCUACCUUAUCUGUCUCUGUCACUCUCAUUCUCUCAGUUCCACUUCUCCUUUCC